CACAACUUCUCCUCCACCCACCGCCAUAACCCCUAACAGUUACCAAAAACUCCUCCAAUAAUCUUCAAUGGCGCGCACGAAGCAGACUGCUCGCAAAUCCACCGGCGGCAAGGCUCCGCGCAAGCAGCUGGCCACUAAAGCCGCCAGGAAGUCCGCCCCGGCCACCGGCGGAGUGAAGAAGCCCCACCGCUUCCGCCCUGGGACGGUCGCUCUCCGCGAGAUCCGCAAGUACCAAAAGUCGACGGAGCUUCUGAUCCGCAAGCUCCCCUUCCAGCGCCUGGUUCGUGAGAUCGCUCAGGAUUUCAAAACCGAUCUCCGUUUCCAGAGCUCCGCCGUAGCGGCGCUACAGGAGGCGGCGGAGGCGUACCUGGUAGGGUUGUUCGAGGACACAAAUCUCUGCGCUAUCCACGCUAAGAGGGUUACUAUUAUGCCUAAGGACAUCCAACUCGCUCGGAGAAUCAGGGGCGAGCGGGCCUAGGCUGAGUCCGCCCCGCCCGGAUUGCUAUUCGGGUCGGGUUAGAAUUAGGCAUUGGAAUGUGCUUGACCUGUGUGAUAUUUUGCCCGAGUUUAGGGAAAUCCAUGCCUUUUUGAGGUUCUUUGAAUUUGCAAUUACAGAGACUGUUUUUGUUAUACAUUGGAGCAGUAUUAGAUAGGAGUUUUUUAAGCAGUGACAAGUUUGAGUAAUUUUCGUAAGUUAAUUCUUUAUUUAGUUUUUA